AUGGAAAAAUACAUCUUCCCCACAAAGCCCAAAGCUAAACCGGGUGCGAUUAUCUCUGGCCCCAAAUAUCGCUUUACCGUCCUUACCGAUCGCCUGCUGCGUUUUGAAUGGGCCGAAGAUGGCCGGUUUGAAGAUCGAGCUUCUACUUUUGCUAUUAACCGUGAUCUCCCAGUCCCAGAUUUUAGGAUCAUUGACAAGGACGGGUUAGAGAUUAUCACGGAGCACUUUCACUUAAGUUAUGACAAGAAGAGAUUCAGUUCCAACGGGAUGGUCGCUCAUCUGAGCGCGAAAAUGACCAAGUAUGGAACCGAAUGGCGAUUUGGAACCCCAUCCACGCUCAACUUAGGAGGAACAGCAAGGACAUUGGACCUAUGCGAUGGACGAUGUGACAUGGGAGACGGAGUCCUGUCGAAAGCUGGCUUCGCAGUGAUCGAUGAUUCUGAAACCAUGCUCUUUGAUGGACAGGGCUUUGUCGCAAACCGGCCAGCCGGAGACCGAGUAGAUGGAUAUCUCUUCGCCUACGGUCGCGACUAUAAGGCAGCGAUCAAAGCAUUUUAUGCUGUAUCUGGCAAACAGCCAGUCGUACCUCGAUACGCUUUAGGCAACUGGUGGAGCCGGUACUAUCCGUAUCGACAGGAGGAGUAUCUCGAGCUCAUGGAUAAGUUCUAUAAGGAGGACAUUCCAUUGUCUGUAGCCGUCCUCGACAUGGAUUGGCAUUUAGUGUCCGAUGAGCGAGUCCCACAUGCUGGCUGGACGGGGUAUACGUGGAAUAAGAAGCUAUUUCCGGACCCGGCAUUGUUCGCUCGUGAAAUUCACGAGCGCAACCUGAAGGUAACAUUGAAUGACCAUCCCCACGAUGGAAUUCACUCUCACGAAGAUUCGUAUCAAGAAAUGGCAGAGUUCCUGGGUCGUGAUACAAGGCAUAAAACUCCGAUCCUAUUUGAUUCAACCGACCCGAAGUUUAUGGAUGCUUACCUCAAUAUUCUGCACCGGAACCUUGAAGCCGUAGCAUGCGACUUUUGGUGGAUUGAUUGGCAGCAGGGGCCGUACUCCAAAAUCCCUGGAAUUGACCCCCUGUGGAUGCUCAACCAUUUCGCCUAUCUCGAUCAUGGACGAGAUGGCAAGAUCCCGCUCAUUCUCUCCCGAUAUGCUGGCCCCGGAAGUCACCGUUAUCCCCUUGGUUUCUCCGGCGAUACGGUGGUGACCUGGGCCUCACUCGAGUUCCAACCAGAAUUUACAGCAACUGCAUCAAACAUUGGGUACGGGUGGUGGAGCCACGACAUUGGUGGCCACAUACAUGGCGGCCGUGAUGACGAGCUUGUCACUCGAUGGGUGCAGCUUGGGGUUUUUUCACCAAUCAUGCGGCUGCACUCAACAUCGUCACGGUGGAUGUCUAAGGAGCCAUGGCUGUAUAGUGCGGAAUGUUACUCAGUUAUGACAGAAUAUUUGAGGUUUCGGCACAAACUGGUGCCAUUCCUCUACACACGGAACAUAAUCUGCGCAACGGAGGAUGAGCUACUUGUACAGCCAAUGUACUGGGAGUACCCCGGACGUGAAGAGGCCUACUCCGUUCCAAAUCAAUAUAUCUUCGGAUCUGAGCUGGUUAUCGCUCCAAUUGUGCAGCCACGGGGUAAGGGGACUGGGUUAGCAUCGGUGAAAGCUUGGCUGCCGCCCGUCGGACGAUUCGUUGAUAUCUUUACUGGUACAGUUUAUGACGGGAAUCGCGAGUUGAUGCUUUAUCGGACCUUGUUCGAGUACCCCGUUCUGGCCCGCCAGGGAUCAAUUAUACCUCUAGACGCUUCUCCCCAGAACGGCUGCCUCAAUCCGGAUACCUUCGAAGUUUUUAUCGUGAUCGGUCAAGAUGGGUAUGCUGACGUUCUUGAAGAUAGCCGAGAUGAUAGACAACAGAAGAAUGAAAAUGUCACGGAUGGAAAGCAACGGGUCUCCACCAUCCGGUAUGCACAGGCAGAAGGAAAGCUUACGGCGGAGGUCACCGGUAGAGUGUGGAGAUUCUGCUUCCUUGGCGUUACCUCUGUACCAAAAAGCUUCAGAGUAUUGAUCAAUGGCCUUGACCGAACAGAUGAUGCCAUUGUGGAUCUCGAAGCCUACACGAAAGGACAAAAUUUAAAUGUCAAGUGUCCGUCCGUAUCAAAUGAACAAUACUCUAUCACCAUCGAACUGGGGCCCAACCCCCAACUCAGUGUGAUAGAUCACAUUCCUCGUAUCGAGGAAGUGAUAAGGGACUAUCAGAUUGAGUUCCAUAUGAAGAACAAGCUGUGGGAUGCUGUGCAAGGGUAUCAGGACCGGCCUCUCAAUGUGACGAUCGGACGCUUGAUGGCGCUGGGGUAUGACGAGGCCAUUGUGGGGCCCAUCCUUGAGCUGAUAUUAGCAGAUAGUAGAUCGGUGAAAGCGUAG